AUGUAUAGAUCUGUUAAAAGGCCUGAUGUCAUCAUUAAUGACCCUGAACGUUCUGGUAUAAGCGUGGAGCAAAGAGUGCCUAUGAUGAAUGAUUCCUAUGGUAGACCACUUUCCAAAGCAACUCUAGCAACAGCACAAGCUCUUGAAGAUGCCCGUUUUAACGGUCCAAAUGAUAUGACAUACAAUCUUCAGCAACCUAUGCAACAAGCUUCCUCAGCACCUCUUUCACCAGCCUCAUCCGUUGUUCCUGCUGUUAGCUCCGGUUAUAAUUCCAAUUAUUAUGAUCCUACUUAUCCACAAAAUGUUGAACUCAGAUAUCACAGAGGCUUAUGGGGUAGAUUGCAACGUAAGUUUGGUACUGAUAGAUACAGAGUUCCAUUUGUACAAACAGCCCCUUUGCAACCCGAAGUUGUUGUUCGUCCCGGAGGUUCUACAUACUAUAGAAGGUCAUUCCAAGAUCAAAGUGAUUUUGCUUGGGUUUGGGUUGUUUUGAUUCUUGUUGUUCUUUUACUUAUUGUUAGCCGGCGUUGA